AUGGGGAAGCUCAAUCGACUGGAACUGUUCAAUUUCAAGUCCUACAAAGGGCAUCACACCCUUCUGUUUGGCGAUUCGUAUUUUACAUCGAUUAUUGGACCCAAUGGGUCUGGAAAGUCGAACUCCAUGGAUGCUAUUUCCUUCGUUCUGGGAAUAAAAUCAUCCCACCUUCGAUCCGCACAUCUCAAGGACUUGGUCUACCGAGGCCGAGUCCUUAAAACAUCUAAAAUCAAUGACGAUGGAUCUGCCGCAACGAAUGGAACAACACAAGCAAGCGAUGACAAGGCCUCUCGGGGCGACCCGAAAACUGCAUGGGUUAUGGCUGUGUAUGAAGAUGAUAGUGGCGAGGAACAUAGAUGGAAACGUUCCAUCACGAACCAAGGCGCAAGUGAAUAUCGCAUCAAUGACCGAAGUGUUACUGCGCAGCAGUACAAUGCAGCUCUGGAAAGUGAAAACAUUCUUAUCAAAGCAAGAAAUUUUCUGGUUUUCCAAGGAGAUGUGGAGGCAAUUGCAUCUCAAUCCCCUCAGGAUCUUACACGCCUGAUUGAACAUAUCUCUGGAAGCCUGGAAUACAAGCAAGAAUAUGAGACUCUUCAGGCUGCGGCAGAGCAGGCAGUGGAGAACCAAAACUUUCAACUUCACAGGCGACGCGGCAUCAAUUCAGAAAUCAAGCAAUACCGCGAGCAAAAGAGAGAGGCUGACAAUUUCCAAAAGAAGAUGGACGAGAAAGAUGCCGCCAUUGUGACGCAGUGCCUCUGGAAGCUAUUUCAUUUUCAGAAAGCUAUGGAUGAAUCUAGCGCGGCCAUCCACAGCCACCAUGAAGAUUUGAAAGAAUUGCGUCGCAAUGUCGAAUCUUACGAAGGACAACUCGAAGCUGCGCGCCGAGAACAAAUAUCAGUAUCGCGACGCGUUGGUAGGGUAGACCGAGAAAUUCGACAAAAAGAGCGCUCGAUCGAGGAUCGCGAAAAUGCGCUGGUGCCAUUUGAUGAAAAAAUUCAUGAGUCAGCGCAGCAAGUCGAUCGACUGCAAUCUCAAAGUCAGAAAGUUGCAAAAGAGCGUGACGAGCAGGCGGACAUUGUGCAAAAGGUACAGCAUGAUGUCGAAAGCGUCAACAAAGCUCAAUCCAUCUUCGAAAAAACUAUCGAAGAGCAGAUGCAGAAGCAAGGCGGAGCAAUCAGUGAUACGGAUCGCAAGGAGUACAACAUGCUUCGCAGCGAAGUCAUUGCCCGCUCUGGCACAGAUCAUACCAAGCUGGAAAACCUGGAGAGACAACGCAAGGCCGACGAAGUCACAGUCAACAACUUAAAAGGCAAGGUAGACAGCAUUGCUGCGGCCAUCUCCAAAACCGAAUCUGAGCUCAGCAGUGUGGGAGAGAGGAAAGAUGCCGUGGAAUCGGUUGCCAAGGAUCUUUCCAGUGAAAUAGCCGCUAAGAAGAAAGAAUUCAACCAGCUCCAGUCGGAGCGUGUCCGUACCAACCAAAAAAGGACAGAACUUGAAGAAAAGCUGGAGGAUGUUGCCAAGAAGCUUCGUGAGGCUGACGAUGGCCGUCGCCAAAAUGACCGGGAAGCGCGCUUGAAAGACAUGGUUGCUUCCCUGCGGCGCAUCUUCCCCGGUGUACGCGGCAGAAUCGGCGAUUUGUGCACUCCGAAGCAAAAGAAAUAUGAUGAGGCUAUCAUUGUGGCCUUGGGAAGGGACUUUGACUCGGUUGUUGUUGAUACAGAAAAGACAGGCGUUGACUGUGUUCAAUAUCUAAAGGAACAGCGGUUCGCGCCAAUGACCUUCAUUCCUCUGGACAAUAUUAAGGUCAAUGCUGUCAACACGUCUGUCAAGGGUAUUACUGGAGCUAGACUCGCUAUCGACACGAUCAACUUUGACUCUUCUGUCGAACGUGCGUUGUCUUACGCAUGUGGGAGUUCUGUGGUUUGCGAAACUCUAGACAUCGCUAAGCACAUUUGCUAUGCGAAAAAGAUCCCUGUGAAGGCGGUCACUUUAGAAGGCUAUGUCAUUCACAAAGCUGGUCUUAUGACUGGUGGCCGUGGGCCAGAACCCAAGGGAGGCAAGCGCAAGUUCGAAGAAGCAGACGUUCAAAACCUCCAAAGAAUGGCCACAAAACUAAAAGAGGAAAUUGAUCGUCUCCCGAGAGCUGAUCGACGUGGCAGCAAAGAGGAAGCUCUCCAGAUUGAGCUCGGUGCCUUGGAGCGCCGUGUUAAAGCUACCAAAGAAGAGCUUAUCGUUUUUCAGGAAAAUUUCUCCAGCAAGAAGCGAGAGCUAGAGAAUCAGAAGAAACAGCUCCGGGAAAUCCUGCCGAAAUACAAAGAGCAAACAAAGCAAUUCGAGAGCACAACAUCCACCGUACAACAGUUUCAAAGCGCAAUCGGCAAGGUCGAAGAUCAAAUUUUUUCCAGCUUCUGUAAGCGACUGGGAUACGACGACAUUCGUGCCUUCGAUGCCUCUCAAGGAAAGCUAGAGCAAGAGGUCUCGGAGAAGAGAAAUCAGUAUGAGGUUCAAAAGCAGCGUCUCGAAAGCCGCCUCAAGUGGGAGGCAGCUCGACACGGUGAUACUGAGUCCCGUAUCAAGAGAAUGCAUGAGCAGAUCAAGCGCUUGGAACAAGACAUGCAAGGCUAUACCCGGGAGAAGGCAAAUAUUGAAACGGAGAUGCGCGAAGAACAAGACGAGCUUGAAGCUCUUAGGGAGACUCUGGAUGAGCACCAAGCCGACCUUGCUGAGAAGACCGAGCGUGUCAACGAGGCCAAGACUGAAGUACAACAACGUGGCAAGGAUAUCGAGGCCCUGCUCAAGAGUAUAAAUGCUCUAGAAACCACGCUGCAAAAGAACAGUGCUGGCAAGUCUGGGCUACUUCGGAGAUGUCGUCUUGAGCAAAUUCAGGUUCCUCUCGCGGAAGGCGCGCUGGACAACUUACCGAAUGAAGACGACUUGCUGCGCCAGGACCCAGAUGCCAUGGACGUCGAUGCUGAAGGUGAAGAAAUGGUCGAUUUUGCGCUGGACGACCAUGGAAUCGAAAUCAACUUCGAUGUCUUGGACGAUGAACUCAAACAGUCUGAUGACUCGACCAUGGAUGAUUCUCUCACAGAGCGCAUCGCAAAUUUGACGACGGAGCUGGAGAAGCUAAACCCCAAUAUGCGCGCCAUGGAACGACUGGAGGGUGUUGAAACUCGCUUGAAACAAACCGAUCAAGAAUACGAAGACUCGAAAUCUGCUGCCCAGGAGGCGAAAGAGGCUUUUGGCAAUGUCAAACAGAAACGUUACGAAAUCUUCAACAACGCAUUCACACAUAUCCAGGAACAGAUCUCACAUGUCUACAAGGACCUCACCCGCUCAGAUGCUUACCCUUUGGGUGGUCAGGCUUAUUUGGACAUCGAGGAAGAUACAGACAUGCCAUACUUGUCGGGCAUCAAAUACCAUGCCAUGCCCCCCCUGAAAAGAUUCCGCGACAUGGAACACCUUUCCGGUGGCGAGAAGACCAUGGCUGCACUGGCACUUCUCUUUGCUAUUCACAGCUACCAGCCCAGCCCAUUCUUCGUUCUCGACGAAGUUGAUGCAGCGUUGGACAAUGCUAAUGUGGACAAGAUCAAGAAGUACAUCCGCGAGCAUGCUGGUCCUGGCAUGCAGUUCAUUGUCAUUAGCUUGAAGACCGGGUUAUUCCAAGAUAGUGAGAGCUUGGUAGGAGUCUAUCGAGACCAAGAAGUCAACAGCUCGAGAACAUUGACAUUGGAUAUGCAGAUGCCAGUACACACCCGAAGUUCAGAGAUAGAUGAUGAAUACCAACCAGUAUUGGUACCGAAGUAUCUAUCUACCUGGGCAAGAUGUUCCAGGCCUCCUAAUGUACCCACUUUUAUUAGUGCAACAAGGCAAGUUGCCCUUUCUCGUCACAAAUCAGCAAUAGCUGGGCAAACAUCGGCGUCCCAAAAUCGGCGACCCUCUGGCUGCAUGAACCGAAGCGAAGACGUGGCGGCCGAGCCAUUUCGACCGAGCAAAAAGCUUAGCGGCGACAUCACGAUCUACAUGGUAGAGCCGUCUCCGUAUUCUGCAGGCAAUAGCUACAAUAUCGAUGACUCUAUGGAUCUCGCAGUCACACUUGUCAAGUCGGUGAUGCGAGCGUUCUACUCAACUCGAGACGUUCUAGUGAUAGACGCACUUAUCCUUCACGAGGCUCUUCGCGACGAUGACCUGGCCUACUUGAUGGCCACGAACCCGAAAGAUCUCCAUAAAAUUUGCGGAAAGCUUCGAGAAGAUAGAUUCUUGACUGUGCAUACGCGACCAGAACUUCGAGAAGGAAACCCACGGCCGAGUAAUCGCACAUGGUACUACAUUAAUUAUCGCCACACCAUUGAUGCCAUCAAAUGGCGCGUGUACACAAUCGACAAAGAUGUCCAAGGGACCACGGAGAGGACCAGCGAGAAGAAAGAAUAUGUUUGCUCGUUCUGUAAGGCGGAAUGGUCGCCCUUGGAGGUGCUAGACAGCCAUGGCCCGAACGGGUUCUUAUGCCACCGCUGCGGCCAUGUCCUUGCUUUUGAAGCAGAUCGCAAUGCUGGGGGUCAUGAGCAAUCCACGCGACUCAACGAUCAAUUUAAGUUCAUCAGCGAGCUUCUACAACGAAUCGACAAUGUACACAUACCGGAGUGUGAUUUUGAUCGCGCUCUCGCGAAGGCUCGACCGGUGGUCCGUGACGCCACGCAUCAAGUUGCGGCAACGAUGCCCAUGGAUUCGAGCAUGAACAGACCAAUGGCCGUAAAGGGACUGGCAAACACGGGCCCGCAAUCCAUCUCUGUCAAUAUAUCGACUGUUGAGGGUGCAUCAGAAGCAGAAAAGGAGGCCGAAAUCGCGCGCCGGGAGAAGCUGGCGGCCCAGAAUGCACUGCCCGCGUGGAUGUCCAACAGCACUGUUACUGGCGAAUCUUUUGCGGGUGCUACUGGAACAGGACAUACCAUCGUCAAUAAUGAAGUUGGACCGAUUGACGAUUCAAAACAUAAGCAAGUGGACAGCAAGGCUAUCGCCCAACUCGAUGAUGUUUUCGAAACUCUGAAAGCUGCGCAAAGGCGGCAAGAUGAUUCCGACGACGAGGAGGGCUCUGAAGAGGACGAAGACGAUUUCGAAAAUGUGCCGGCUACUUGCAAUAAUUCAGGUUUGAGUAUAUCGGUGCUAAACCAGUCGAUAAAGCGAGAUCCAUCCGAGGAGCUGUCUAGGGAUGGAUUUGGGCUGGAACAACACCGCAGAAAAAAGGCCAAAAUCCAACCUGACGUCAAAAUUGAAGGCAAGGUUGACGAGAGUGGAGAGGAUGAUGAUGAAGAUGAUAUUCAGUUUGAAGACGCGUAUGCUCCACUUGUGGCUUUCUACCAAACCGCAGGUAUGAGGUAUGAAUGCCGAGUUGGCACGCACCAAACGCAGCCUCGAAUCCUGACGCUUCUCUUUUCCCUUUGGCAGAAGAUUGGCAUGAUGCCGCUUCCACUGCCGGUCAUUUUUCUCCUACCGACGCAAUUGACGCCUACAGAGUUGCACGAUCUCGAGGCGAGUAUCCCAACUCUGACUUACGAUAUUAAUGAAGCGGAAGUAGUGCUUGGUAGAGUAUCGCGCGAACAACGUGCUCAGUUUGAAUUGCGCCGGUUGAAGCUAGAGACUGAGCCCAUCGAACGUGGUACGGCAAGGGAUGACUCGGCUCAGAGUGAGGGCUCUGAUGAGCGUCACUCGAAGCGCCGAAAGCUAGAAGCGCAUGCGCCGACUUCCAAACCAGACAGCUCUCUUGUAAGAGUUCUGAGUUUGUCAUGGCUCACCGAAUCUCUGGAGAAAGGCACCCUUCUGCCGAUGUCAAGUUAUACCGUGUAUGAAGGCAGAAAAAGUGGCCGCAUCACAUCAAAGCUACCCAAUGAUUCAGCCAAUUUGGACAAGAGAAUUCCUAAGGAUGUCCUAACGUGCACUGCAAAUGAUAAUACAGAGUCGGGAACUUUGUCAAAUCAGCGCAAUAAAGAAAAAGAAAAAGAAAUUGAAAAAGAAAGGGGUUUAAUGACCGAUUCCUCGGCAGCAGGUGUUAUGGCAAGACCAGGUUUGAUCCGUCAAUCUACAUCAGAGCACGAUAUACAUCUUCCUCUUACUCCAAGCUACCUCUACACAACUUAUUCAUGUCAACGACCUACUCCGAUGAAUCCACCCAAUGAUGCUUUCAUUGAGGAACUGAAGAACAUCCGAACACUUCGUCUUUUGCAGGGUGAUAAAAUCGGAAUUCGAGCCUAUUCGACAUCGAUAGCCUCACUAGCGGCGUAUCCAUACAAGAUACAGACUCCUCAAGGUACCUCCAUUUGCUGGUUCUCGUUUAUUGCCGAGCUGUAUCAGGAGUGGCACGCAACGGGGCAAACCGAGGAGACGCGCAAAUCUAAAGAAGAUACAGAGAUUCAAGUGUUGAGAACGUUUUACAACAUUUGGGGGGUAGGUGAUGCAAAUGCAAGAGAGUUCUACCAAAAGGGAUGGCGGGACUUAGACGACAUUGUGGAAUAUGGUUGGCAAUCGCUUAGCCGCGUUCAACAAAUUGGAGUCAAGUAUUACGAUGAUUUUCAGGAGAAGAUAAACCGCGAGGAGGUCGCUAGAAUCGCGAACAUUAUCUUGAACCACGCUCGUCGAUUGGAUCACGGAUAUGAGAUGGCUGUUGUGGGUGGCUAUCGGAGAGGUCGGGACGAAAAUGGCGAUAUUGAUGUUCUUUUGACACACAGAGAGGAGCUAAAGACGUUCAAGCUGGUUGAACGUCUCGUUCUGAGCCUCGAAAGCGAAAAGUACAUUUCACACACGCUGAGUCUGUCGACAAGGAACAGCGAACGAGGACAAGUACCUCUUCCGUGGAAAGGAGAAGGGAGCACCUGGGGCACGGGGUUUGACACUCUUGACAAAGCCAUGGUCGUGUGGCUCGACCCAGAAGAGGCGCACGCGCUGCACCGACGCGUCGAUAUUAUUGUCAGCCCGUGGAAGACGAUUGGAUGCGCCAUGUUGGGCUGGAGCGGCGAAACGACGUUUCAACGAGACCUCCGAAGAUACUUGGAAUUCGCAACCGAGGGAACGGUAGCUGGGUUGACCUUGAGUGCGGUGAUGUGA